AUGUCCGACGUCCCACCAACCGAGUCCAAUCUCAAUCCAGAAGAACCGAAAGCACCAGCCCCUGCACCUCAGUUCCAGCAAUUCCAAUCUCAAUACAAAUCGAAGAGAGACCAAGACUUCGAAGAAGGUCUGAACCGCUUACGCAAAGAGUAUGCCACAGCUCCAAUUGAGAGAAAGUUGUUGCUAAAUUCAGUAAAAAUAAUGUUUAGGGUAGAAUGUUAG